AUGUCGAUUGACCUGAAACAGAACCUCGAUGUUAUCGACUACUUCGGCGCUUUGGUGGUUUGGCUAAUUUUCUUCUCCAUUCUAUUCAUCCUUUCUGUCACUUGCAUCAAUUGGUGCUGCAUUCAAAAACACGACGACAUCACAGUGCUUGAAGAGGUACGUGCGGAACCUAAGCAAAUCAUGGGGAAAAAUGCAAAUCGCGAUCUGCUGUAA